UGGUGGGAAGGUGGGAUGAAGCAAGACCACGCGGGAUCUGAUGCUUCGUAAUGGUUCGUCGACGUCGACUCGCGUCUCGACUGACUCUGCCGGUGUGUUGUUGCGUAUAUACUUAUAAGCUUUCAUUAAUGGUGAAGAUUUUGCGGAGCGAAAGACAGCGAGGAAUCAACCUGCAGUCAUGGCCGUAAUAACAUUCUCGUUCGUGCUCCUCGUCCUCGCGGUGCCCCUCGGGAUGUGUUGGCGGAACCACUCGAUUCAUCCGAGAUCGACUUGGCCCAUGGCCCCGAUUCUCGUCAACCAGUCCGACGAAAACUCCGCAGCAUCCUCCCCGUCGCUUCCAUCUACUACUCUCAUCUUCCCCGACACUAGAAUCACACGAGCCAUCGUUAACGACGUCGUCUCCAAAAAUAUUACGAUGGUUCUUGAGAACCUGCUGAUGAAUUACGAAAACAGCCAACUCCCGACUCACGGACAAGGUACUCCUACCGUCGUGAAGACCAACAUUUUAAUUAGAAGCAUGGGCCCAGUUUCGGAGCUUGAUAUGGACUAUUCGAUGGAUUGUUACUUCCGGCAAUCUUGGCGCGACUCGCGUUUGAGCUUCCUCGGACCCAUUAAAUCGCUGAGCCUCAGCAUCAAAAUGCUCGAAAGAAUAUGGAGACCGGACACUUAUUUCUACAAUGGAAAACACAGUUACGUUCAUACCAUUACGGUGCCAAACAAACUUUUAAGAAUAUCCCAAGACGGCGAUAUUUUGUAUUCGAUGAGACUCACUAUAAAGGCGAAGUGUCCGAUGGAGCUGAGGAACUUCCCGAUGGAUCGGCAAUCCUGUCCGCUGAUCCUUGGGAGCUACGCGUAUACGUCGAGACAGUUGGUUUACGAGUGGCAGGAAGGCUCGUCUGUAAAUUUCGAGCCCGGUAUGGCGCUCUCGCAAUUCGACCUGAUGGGCUACCCCUACCGAAAUCUCACCUACGUCAGACGGGAAGGCGAGUUCUCGGUCCUCCAGGUCUCCUUCAAUCUGCAACGAAAUACAGGAUAUUUUCUCAUUCAGGUUUACGUACCGUGCGUUUUGAUAGUCGUUCUGAGCUGGGUAUCGUUCUGGAUACAUCGCGAAGCAACGAGCGACAGAGUGGGUCUAGGCAUCACAACUGUGCUGACUCUCUCGACGAUAAGCCUUGACUCGAGGACGGACUUGCCCAAAGUCCGAUACGCUACAGCCCUCGACUGGUUUUUGCUGAUGAGCUUUGGCUACUGCAUCGCGACCCUGCUCGAAUUCGCGGGCGUUCAUUACUUCACUAAGAUUGGAAGCGGUGAGAUUCCUUUGGACGAGAGCGAGUGGGAGGAUUGGGAAGACGUCACGACGAUCAUCGACAAUAAACAGGAUAAUCAGUAUAACGAGGCGUUGAGUCCCGUCAAUGCUCGCAGUCCGCAAACCGUCCAUUCGGAAACUUCGAUCGGCGCUUCCUCGAGGAGACGCAGUUCAGUGCUGUGCGCCGUCUAUAACCCGGAUUCGACGACACUGGGAAUGAACACGAGGUUCACUAUAUCGGCGGCGGUUACGUGCAAACCAUCUACAAUGGAGAGACAAACGCAAACGGAACUAUGUCUGCCAAAGUGGCGACAGUUUUUGUAUUGUCUAGCAGGAGACGACGCUUUCAGGAGACGAAGGGAAAGAGAAGCUGCUGGGGGCUGUCGAAAGCACGGUGAACGAAUCGAGCGACACAUAAACAGUGUUUCGUACAUCGAUCGAGUCGCCAGAAUCGUAUUUCCGGCUUCUUUCGGUCUUCUUAAUGUUUGUUAUUGGGUCGUUUACGUCACGUGUCAAGAGGAAUUCAAGUGGCAGGAUCCACCGAUCGGCUCUAUUUAACUGGCGACACGCACGCUGCUCCUUUGUUACAAUAAAUAAUAUAAAUAUUCUAUAUAGUGAAAAUAUUGUUAACGUGAUUCAAACAUAUGUAUACUCACUGUCUGCUGCUUUUAGAAAUUAUUGUUUGGAGUACAUGUGAAAUUCAAAUGACAA